AUGUUGGUCUACGUCGAUGACAUCAUACUUACCACGAACAACCAACACGCCAUUGAUGACAUGGUUUACAUGCUCAGUCAGACUUUUGCGGUACAAGACUUGGGUGGUAUUUCGUAUUUCCUUGGCCUAGAAGUUACACGCCACAACCUUGAUCUUGUCCUCUCACAGCGAAAAUACAUUCAUGAGCUAUUAGAACGAGCUGGCUUGGCUGCUGCCAAACCUGUCCCCACCCCCAUGACGACCAAUAUCACCCUCGCCCUUAGGGACAACCCUGCCUUCUCCGAUCCAGCUAAGUACCCCAGAUAG